AUGAUGACGCGCGCGCGCGGCGAACGGCGCGGCGCGAAGAUGAUGGCGCUCAUCGUCGCGUCGUUGGCGACGCUCGUUCGAGGAGAUGAGUACAGCGUGAACAUUGAACGCGCCAUCGUCAACUCGAAGGGCUUGCAAGCCGUCGGCGCGCUCGACGCGCUUUCGGCGCGACUUUUGGAAGCGUUGUGCGAGAGCGACGAGACUUCGUGCGAAGCAUACGAAACGACGAGGAAAAGCUUAUGGUUGACUUUCGGGAACGACUACAUCUGUCAGGUGGGGAGCGACGCAGACGCGACGUGGAACGCCAUCGACACGACGUCGACGCAGGGCGGUAUCGCCGUUUUGUUGUCAAAGUGCUCGCGCGCCUGGUUGGGCGAUCUCGAGCAAGCGGUGUUAAAUCUAGCGCCGCGGUUUUUAGCGCAAGCGUCGUUGCAACGCGCGGACGUCGCCGCCGUGAUCGCUGCGAACGACGCGGCGGCGGGACGCGCGGCGACGCAGGCGGGCGACAACUUAGACGACCUGCAUCCGAGCUACAUAGCAAACUUGGCUCCGAUCGCGACAGAGUUAACGUCGUUCAGUGAAUCGCGACCUGUAGUCGUGACCGCGACGGCGACGGCGGACGAGAGUACGUACUACUCGGGUUUCAGCACCGACGUCAAGUCUGCGAUAGCCGCAUCGCGAGCACGCGGCGCGAAGAGCGUCGCCGGUUCCACGGAGGCGUUUCCGGAUGCCUACGUGAAACGCGUUGAAACGGCGCAGGUUUCGCUGGACUUAUAUCGUGGAAGGUAUCUCGAGCAUCCAUACGCGAAGGCGCACUACGACAAAGCGAUCAAGUGCGCCGGGCAGUCGACGAACGACGCGCUGUGCUACAACCGCGUUGUACCCGAGAUCGGUUACACGCACAGCGCGGACGGAACGAGACUGCUCUCGUCGUACGGUGAACCACUCGCGACAAACUUUGUUGAUUAUAACCAGCCCGCAACGUACGUCGCGGGCGUGCGGCUAUCCUCGCAAACGCGUUGA